AGCAAUUGUAGUAUUUCUGUUGAUUUCAUUCCCUGUCCUGGCAGCAGACGAACACGACCGGAGCACAUUUUCCCCAAUCUCAAAGAGUAAUUAAAAUAAAAAGCAUACAGUGACUUAUUUUAUGAGUUAGGCGUAAACUCCAUGAAAUAUUAGCUAAUUUGUCAGCACGCUGCGCCCUGCGGAGAAUUUAGCUCGAAUAUCCUUGUGCAGUGUGUACAACUAGCUAGCCACUACACUGGUACUGGAUACGGAGAGUGCUUGGACUUCUUUCAUAAUUUCUGUCUUAAAAUCUCAACCCUCAAAGAUCGAAGAACCAUACACUGUGUGAGUGCAGUUUUUGUUCUGGUUCAACCCAACGGCCUGAAGCAAAGAGUAAGAGUGGAAUGCAGGUUUGCAGAGCAUGUUCUUUGUGGGCGGCAGCCUGCAGUCCCAGCCAGCAGAGAUCUGGGGAAAUCAUUAACCAGACGCUGAGAACAGGACACUAGUACAGUGCAUUUGCAAUCUGUCUACACCGCUGAGCACUGGGGAUCAAGGGUCGCAUGUCCAGCUGUCGCAUGUCACCGGAAAAGGUUCGCCGUGGAGACCUCGACCGCUGCAACCUUGUGAUGGCUGACUGAACCAUCACAAACCUGCGAAUGCCAAGUGUGCAUCCGAGGGUGGGGCCCGCCUCAGUCUCGCAUGAUUGGCCGCUGAAUGGAAUUGAGGUGAAUGGAACACAUGCCCAACGACCCUAACCUAUCAGAGGGAGAAGAGAAACGGUGGCUCGAUGGCCCGAAGAGGAAGAGAAAGAACAGCCAAUGUUCGGUGAAGAGCAUGUCUGGGUACAUCCCCAGCUACCUGGAGAAGGAUGAGCCCUGCGUCGUGUGCGGAGACAAGGCCACCGGCUAUCACUACCGCUGCAUCACCUGCGAGGGAUGCAAGGGGUUCUUCCGACGCACCAUCCAGAAGAACCUGCACCCGUCCUAUUCCUGCAAGUACGAUGGGUGCUGCAUCAUCGAUAAGAUUACCCGCAACCAGUGCCAACUGUGCCGCUUUAAAAAGUGCAUCUCCGUGGGCAUGGCCAUGGACCUGGUGCUGGAUGACUCGAAGCGGGUGGCCAAGCGGCGCCUGAUCGAGGAGAACCGCGAGCGCCGGAAGAAGGAGGAGAUGGUGAAGACCCUGCAGAACCGGCCGGAGCCCAGCAGCUCGGAGUGGGAGCUGAUCCGCAUGGUGACGGAGGCGCACCGCCACACCAACGCCCAGGGCUCCCACUGGAAACAGAAGCGCAAGUUCCUGCCAGAGGACAUUGGGCAGUCCCCAGUGGCGCCCACAUCAGAUGGGGACAAGGUGGACCUGGAAGCCUUCAGCGAGUUCACCAAGAUCAUCACCCCAGCCAUCACCCGCGUCGUCGACUUUGCCAAAAAACUGCCCAUGUUCUCCGAGCUGCCUUGUGAAGACCAGAUCAUCCUCCUGAAAGGCUGUUGCAUGGAGAUCAUGUCCCUGCGGGCGGCCGUGCGCUACGACCCCGACAGCGAGACGCUCACCCUGAGCGGUGAGAUGGCCGUCAAGCGCGAGCAGCUGAAGAACGGUGGCCUUGGGGUGGUGUCCGACGCCAUCUUUGACCUGGGCAAGAGCCUGGCGCAGUUCAACCUAGACGACACAGAGGUAGCGCUGCUACAGGCCGUGCUCCUCAUGAGCUCAGAUCGCUCCGGCCUCACGUGUGUGGAGAAGAUCGAGAAGUGCCAGGAGACAUACCUGCUGGCGUUCGAACACUACAUCAACUACCGCAAGCACAACAUUCCUCACUUCUGGCCCAAGCUGCUGAUGAAGGUGACAGACCUGCGCAUGAUCGGGGCGUGCCACGCCAGCCGGUUCCUGCACAUGAAGGUGGAGUGCCCCACCGAACUCUUCCCCCCGCUCUUCCUGGAGGUCUUCGAAGACCAGGAGGUGUGAAGCAGACCGAGGGGGGGGGGGGGCAGGAGCAAAGCAGAGGACUCGCCCCCCCCGAACGUCGGACGUCAAAUACACCACCAGCAGCAGUUUUCACGAAAAAAGAGUUUUUCUUCUUUUUUUCCCUGCUCCCUUGUCUUUUGAAUCAGCCGGACGGCCCUUCUGUCUCAGAGUUUGAACUUGGCGCGGACGCGAGAGAGCACGCCCCUUUCCGACCUGCGGACGAAACAUGCUCACACGGGUUUGCUUGAACGCCUGCCCCGGUUUGGCUCUUUUCUCACAACAAUCUUCGCUUUGUCCCCGCAUGUGUCCUCACUGCCGUGAGAUGGCGGUAUUUGUAGCUUUGCACCUGUUUCCCAGGUGGUGCCGGCACGUUCCAAACUGGCCGCCUUCCAGUUUUAAAUCUCAGUGUUAAUGUAUGACAUUAAUGCUGUGAAACAGAGGUCCCCACAAAAACACACGUGCUUGCACACAAGCCUUUGUUGUAUCAGACUCUGUUGUCUGGACAGUAACCGAAAGCACUUAACUACAAAAGUUUCUGGACUCAGGAGAUGGUGUAGCAAGGCUUGCUAAUUUAGAUAAUUUUCUCCAUUAAAAUUAGGCUAUCUCGGUUUUGCAGCAAGUCUGUGACUAUGUUUGAAAGAAGAGCUCUAUAAAGCAUUCAGGACAGUUUUUAAUUAGGUCACCCGCAGCCCCAUUUGGCUAUGGGAACAGCUGUACCCUAGUCCUCUGACUGGGCCAGCUGUUGAUGAUUUGCCCACUACGUUGUGUGAGCGGGACCACAUCAUUGGCCCGGACGUUUUUCCACCCCCCUCCCCCCUCCCCAUCACACUCUCGCUGUGCAGAGCUGCCUCAUCAUUGCCUGCACUGCAACCGCCAGCAACGGCGCCCCUCCAGAAUAACAAUUGAGCCCUUCCUCUCACGGGAAAGUCACUGCUGCAAAAGGGAAUGGGUAGUGGCAGGGUGAGAGCUCAGAGAGAGGGACUCGGCAAAAAGAGAGGAAGAGAGAGAGAAACCCGAGAGCCUGAGACAGCGGGUCGGUAGCGACAUGCGCUUUCUGGAGUGCCUUUGCACAGCAGUCUGCCAGCGCUUAGUUCCCUGUGUACCCCUACCCCCCCCCUCCACCCACCUCUCGACCUCCUCCGACAAGCAUCGGAACAGCACUGAGAACACCAUCUCACGCGGGGAGGGCCUUUGGCCCACAACCUACAAAGCACCUACCUUCAGCCGUUACACUGUGUUCUUGUCUCUUGGUUUUUGUUCUCAACAGGGUGGAGGGGGCCGUGUCGUCCACGUUUACAGUGCAUUCCACACCUCCCCACCCCCCUACACACUCAGACACCUCAGAACGUCGAAUACCGUGCUUACUUUUUGUGCGGCGCGGCGUCGGAGCACGUAGCCUCAAGGGGAGGGAGUCGUCCAGGGCUCCCCCCCCACCAAAUGGUCAGUUCAGUUCAGACCCUCCUACUCAGCAAAGACCCUGCUUCGGAGCAGACGAGACUCCGGGGAGACAGGGGAGGUGGGGCGUGCGUCCCAGCCCCCUACCCUUAACCCCUCCGCUCUGAUUCGGCGAGGGCUGUCGCAGUGGCCGUCAUUUACCUCGGUGUGGUCGCCUCAGGCUGUGGUUGUUGGGGACUGCCCCUGUACUGACAGGCUCUACCUCACCUCUGGUCACAGGGCAGCUGUCCACAGCCCACCACCCACACACACUCACUCGUACAGUAUAGACACUCAGUGCAGUUCACACAGACUCCCGGUCCGUCACGCAGUCCGGUCGUAAUACCACUGAAGACAGGAGGGCCCACCGUUCACUGUUGUGAUCUUGUGUUUUUGUCUUUUUUUAUCAGAACUGUUUUUUGGGUUUUUUUGGGGGGGAAGGAAGGGCAUGACUAGAUGGGGCCGGACAAUAACUUUGUUUGGGCUUGGAUUUUUGUUUUAAUGUGGGACCAAGUGUCACAUUGGAAUCCCCUUCUGCCAAGACAGAAGAAAAGGAAUAAAAAAGUGAAUGCACGUCUGCAGACUGUGAGAACAGUGAGACGAGAUACUGAGACCUGGAGGUGGCCAGGCCUUGCCCAGCGGGGUUUAAGCACUGUUUUUGAGGAAAAAACGUAAAAGACAACCUCAUUUUGAAUGCCAAGCAGUCAUUGGUUGAAAGAAGCGAUUGGAGGGAUGCAUUUUCAGCGAAUGGGAAAGCGGGCGGGGAAUUAGCCUAGGAGAUGCUGCGGGGGUGAGGGCAUCGCGCCGUCCGCAAAAGGCCAAGCUACACUGCCAUGUGAACCAUCUGAAGAUAGUUAGCUCUUGUAAUGCAAAUGAGAAAUUGACAAAUAUACACUUACUGUUAUACCUUCUGAUUGGAGAACCCCCCCGGUCCGAGCUGUCUCCCCUCCCACUGCGUAAGGCCUCCCAGGAUGCCCCAGUCUGCUGUUUAAAGCCCCACCCCUCCCCCAGGAGUAAACUUCCACAUGUCCGGUCAUCCAUGCCAUUGGCAUUUUUUGCACUAAAGCAGCAGACCCUCCCCAUUCUUACCCAGUCCCAUGGCAUGCACUCACUCUAAAGACUCCUGAUCUGCUCUGUCAAACAGAGUCUGCCCAGGAGUGAUAAAGUCCAACUGUCACAUUGUCAGUAUUAAAGAAAGGAGCAUAUGACAGUGAUAGUCCUUUAGUUGAAGGAAAAUGGUGGACCUGGCUGGGGGGAUCGCGUAAGGGGGACUCGUACCCCUCCGCAAGCCCUGUCCUCUACGCCCCUUUUCCUUUCAGCACUGUGUAUCAACCCUGCUGCGUUUCCCCCCAGGCCCCCAACCCACCACCUCCCUUUUUGGGGUGACACCGAAUGGCGGCUGGCCGUUCCCUUGUGAGACAAGGCCGGACGUCUGAGAGCCACUGAAUGAAUGUGAACAGGAUGCAGAGGCAGCAGCGGGAGUUGGGGGGCGGGGGGCGAGGCAGAUAAGCCACUCCCCCUGCCUACGACAUAAGAAGAGGGAGACAAAGGGAAAGGACAUGGACCCAUGAGGCAUGUUUUGCUAACUUGGGCGAGCGAGAUAGGAAGACAGGAGCGGAGAGCAAGAUGAGAAGAACCGUGAAUGAAUCUGCCUUUUUUUUAUUGGAGCAAACGCACGCUGGUGAGCAAAGUGAACACGGCAGACCAGCGCAGCAGAGGCUCACUCUCUCAAACGUGAACACAUGGAGACAUUGAGUGGCACCUCCUUGCUCCCGCCCCCUUUUUCUCUGCUCGGCAGCCAUUCUUUCUGGAAUAUAAAUAUGCCGCCAUCCCCCCUCCAAACCCCUCGACUCCGUAGUCUUUCUCUAGAGGGAAAUAAAGUUUCGACUCUAAUUGAGGAAAAAAAGAAUUGGCAUUCCACUGAUGCGGGUACGGAAUAACACCUUCCUAUGGAGAAUGAAACAACGACCAUAUAAACAAAGGAAAAACAAAAUUUUAAAACACAACAAAGCAAAAGUUAUCACAUUGGCUUUGUCCUGCCUUCUUGUGAGCGGACUGGGUGUUUGUGUGUGACACUAGGGGUUACAAUGCUGCUUUACCUUCUAAGUCAAAUCUUAUUUUAUUUGAAAAAAAAAAUAUUAUAAAGAAAGAAUUAAACACCUUAAAACAUCAUUUAAAAAAAGAUGACUUUAAAGACUCCAGAACAAAAUUGAGCUUGGAGAGCUGUUUUUAUUUUAAUUUUUUUUUCAUUUUAUCUCAAUGUGGUUUUUUUCUGUUGACGCUUAACUGCUCUGUGUUAAAAAAGAAACAAAAGAAAACAAAAAAAACCAGCCGUAGUCACUUUUUGACCAUGCGUGCAGUGUAAUCUAGACAGGAAUUUCACUUCUUCACCUCACCUCUAGUUUGUAUUGAUAAGCCAACUGCUCUGUUGUUUGUGUGUCUGUCCUAUCGUCCGUCCCUUAUAUCAGGAGGAAUUUGCAACAAACAGGAAUAUUUUCUCUUUUUUCCAUUUUGUUAAUUUUUUUUUUUUUAAAGACUGCAAAAAACAAACAAUAAUGCAACGGAAACUGAAAAUACAAAAAAAAAUAAAAUAAACCUGACUGAGACACAAAUCCGCUCAUACCUCACACAACAGAAAACUCAAAUGGACUUUGGAAGAGUGGUGAAAUGCAGGCACGUGUGUGUGUGCGUACAAGCAUGUAUAGAAAUGUACAUUGAGGUAUACAUGCACAUACUCACGUAUGCAUUUAAGGCGAUAACAUAAUAAUCCUCUAAGCUUUGGGGUUGAUAAAUUGCAGUGCUUUCAUCAUCUUGGAGGAUUGCGUACAUACGCUGACAAACGGUGUCAUGACUGAGAAGCAGAUUCACUCAAGUUUAUUGUAAUGACUUUGGUUUCAUCAAGAUGUCAGGGCUUCAGUGAAAUCAAAGAGUGUGCCUCAAAGCUUAAGGAGAUUAUUUCUGUGAUGGCCAGGUGCUUCAUGGUAUUGAAUGUAGCUGACAGUACUGGGCUGGAGACAAGCUCGGCUCCCACAGCCUCACUUGGGGUCACCAGCAGAGUGCAGUGGACAGUGGUUGAAAACCAACGUUACACAUGACAAACUGAGAAUAUUGCCCCCUACAAGGUGCAAUACUUUGUUCUUGUUUUUACUUCUUUGUGUUAUUCUGUUUGAUUUUUUUUUUUUUCAUUUUGUUUUAUUUUGGCCAUAACCAAGGACAAAAAAGACAAAAAAAUGUAAGAAAAAUAAGUGCGCAUGUGUGCAUACCUAUAUAUGUAUGUAUGUACGUAUGUACAUGUGUGUGUGUAUAUAUAUAUAUAUAUAUACAUACACACACGCAUGCACACACGCACACACACACACACACAAACAUACACACACAGACAUACACAUGAAAACACUCACAUACUCAUGGUUGAAGCUAGAGAAUUACCUUAUGGACACAUCCCACCAUCCUGUACAGUAAAAUGUAUACCUAUGCGAAUGCUUAGUACAUCUGUAUGUGCGCAUGUGUAAACACUAUUCAAGUCUGAAAGUGCCCCAUGAGGUUAACAAUCAGCCCCUGCCUGCCCGUCCUGGCGAAGAGUGUCACGAUCACGCCCCCUUCACAUGUGUCUUUUUCCGUAAACGGAGCUGUGCCGUUUCCUGGGGGAAUGAUGCCGGCGGAAUGCGGGCAGGCAGAGAGGGGGCCAGUACGGAGGGCGGGGCAGGCGGGUGGGGUAGGUAGGUGGCAGGGAGGGAGGCAUUUGCGCCGUUGCCAUGGAAACUGGGGGGUUAGCACGUGCGGUGACAGAGUGGGUGGAAAGCUUAAACAUGUCCCUAGUGCACCUUUCCACCGCCAGUUGUGUCCCGUUGGUCUAGCCGCAGUGAGCGAACACAUGGGGAGGGGAGCCCGAUUGGUGGCAGUUCUUCUGGUAUGUUUUCUCCCUGAUGCCAAAUGUAGAGUUUGUUUAUGACAAAAGAAAAUGCCAGUAGCAAGAUGUCUAUGCAAUCCCUUUCAACACCAGUCGACAGCACCGUAGCCCCCUCGUUUCCUCAAACAGAGGGCCUUUCCAUCAGUCAAACUUUGACGAAAACGCUCAAUCCUUGCCUGGAAUUUCCUCCCUCAUUUUACAGUAUGCAUGAGUAAUCCCAGUGUUUAUUUUCAUCCAACCCCCCCCAGGGGGAGCAAAGACCCUUGCUACUCUCAGUGUUGGCUGCAGAAGGAGUUUUAGCAGCUGGUGGAGAGAUUGCCGACGGGAAACGCUCCUGCUCGCGUUCAGCUCAGCCCCCGGACUCGGAACCACUUGUUUAAAAGCAGAAUGCGUGGAGAGGCGGGAAGUCCUGAUAAACCUCUUCGCAGUCGCGGGAGGUGCGGUGUGCUGAGCUGAACACCGGAGACCUCCACAUCAGGUCUGUGAAUUCAUUCAUUGGCUGUUGCGCAGAAAGACUGUGAGUAUGCACGUGUGUAUGUCUGCAUGUGUCACGGAGCCAAAACUCUCAUGGCUUUUUUCGCAUUGGUGCUACCUUGUAUUGCUCAGUAACUGCAGUGACCUGAAUUGUGAAGGUUCAAAGAGCCCUGUUUUUUUAUCAUUCUUAUGGAAUGCUAAUGGAAAAUAAAACUUCUUUAGUGAGAUUGUAAAUAUUGAAUCUAUUGGGUAAAUUAAUAUCUGUAAAUGUUAAUUUAAGAGAAUUAUUGGUUAAUGGGUGGGUAAUGUGUUUGGUUGUAAAAUAUGCAUUGAGGAAACUUUAGUUUCUCUUGGAGGUUUUAUCUUACCUCCUGAAGCUCAUAAUCAUGAACAGAAUCGCCUAUUAAUUAAUGAACAAACAAACAAACAAAUCACCAACAGACAGCUGUUCCUCCAUGCCCACAUGAGACCUUAUUCCUGAAGCUCCACUCUGCAACAGAGAGCAGAGAAUUGCUAGAUAUAGGUUACCAGAUGGUACAGAGUUCUGUUCGAUUUAUGUAACAGCUAUAGCAUCCAAAGCGGUGUCCUGAAUGGACUGGCACACAGGGAACAGUGGCCUGACAUCACCUAAAGACACAAAAUCUUGCACAAUUUGAUUCCAGUUGAUUCGAUUCUUUGGAUUUUAGAUUAAUUUCUCUGGAUUUGAACAAAGAUUCUGAUUCGGUUAUACGUUCUGUGGCCACCUGACUCAUUUGACUGCUGUUUUAUUACUUCCCUGCUUGCGAUCGGCAGUUUAGUUAUGCAAACUGUUUCUGGUUAGGCCAGUAGACAGAAACAGAAAAAAAAAAUAUGAAAGAGCAAAGAUGUCAGAACAAUUGUGACAGUAAAGUGCAAUAUGUUGCGAAUGGAUGGUGCUGUGAGUUCAGUUGUUUUAUAGGCCAUGCUGGAUGCUGGGUCUGACAGACCAGGGACUGUGCAUGCAUUGCAGCACUGCUAGUUGUGUGAGUGCAAACCUUUCCUUUAGGAACUUUUUUACCAAGGAUAUUUAUAAAGAGUAUAUGUCCAUGUGGCAAAUUUAAAAAUGCACCCACCCCAUGAGAGUGUCAGUGACCAAAAGCAGACAGACACACGUGCAUACACGACACGUGCACACUCGUGUAACAAGACUGGAAGAGAAAGUUAUUGAAGGAAUAUCUCAGGUUUAAAAAAAAAAUUGUUUAAAUAAAUAAUGAAAGAAAUAUGUAGAUACAACUAUUGUUAACUCAUGGUUUCUUCGCUUCUGGAUGGAAGCUGUGCUCUGUUCUUUUGGUAUGUGCUUUCUCCCUUUUUUUCCUCUUUCACUGUCUGUUCUUCCUUUCUCGAGUUGUGAUUGGUUCGAAGGGAUGUGUGGCAGUAGGGUGCACCGCACCUGGUUUUCUGGCCUUUCCAAGGGAAUUGAAAGCAGAGCCCAUCAUGUGCUUCAGCCUGCAGUUUGUCCACUUAAUGUCGGCUGAGUAAAAACCUGUUUUUUCACUUGCAGUUCAGCUGUGAAGAACGUCACGUUAGCCCCCAGUUCCAAUUCAUAAAGAUCGAAAAUUCCCUAAGGUCAAGACUGAUCUCAUACUGCCGCACCAUCCCUCAUGCUUGUGAGUUCAAAUUAAAGCAAAGGAAAUGGUCAUAUACGUAUAUAUAUAUAUAUAUAUAUAUAUAUAUAUAUAUAUAUAUAUUUAAAAAGUGUAAUUGUAUCAACACACAAUAAAGGGACAGUGGAUUUCCUUUUUUUAACUUCUGUCUUUGACAGUUCCCUUUCCUCUGCUGAGCUUGUGUGAUGCUCUGUAUCCAGUGACAGCAGAGGUGCCCAGGUCUGGCCCAUGUGAUUGGUUGUUCUGUGCUUGUGGGUUUGAAGAACAUCGCCCAAGGAGUCAGUCAGGAGAGCUCCUUCUCCCUUGUCUCGUUCUGUUGAAACCAAGUGUCCUCUGAUUUGCUUUGGUUCUCUUUUGUCUUGCAUGGCGAAAGUUGCGAAUGGGCAGAAAAGCCCUGCCCAUAGUUGUGCUGGGACUAUGUGUGUGUGUGUGUGUGGUGUGGGCGGGUAUGUGGGUGUGUAUGUGUGUAUGCGUCUUCAUGUUUGUGUGUGUAUGUGUGAAUGCUUGUAGGGCUUGAUCUGGGCCAGCCUGCUUCUUUCACAAGCACCUUUUGAGGCCAUGCAAUGAGACAGAUCGCCCCAACAGCAGGGACUUGCAAUAGAGCUAAUAGUAUAGGAUUGCCUUUCUUCCUCCCAUGUUUUGAAGAAUGUAACCAAUAAUGAGUAGAAAGGCCAGGGGUAGGGGAAAAAGAAGGGGAGAGGAUAUAUGUGUGGGGGGGGGGGACUGGGGUUUGUGGCGCAGUAGUAAUUCAUGACCGCAGUCUAAAAUGCACAUGGGGUUUCACUUUAAUGGAGCUGGAAUGACUUUCACCUUACAAAUGGAAACCAGGCUGCUGAUAGCGUAAUACCUGUUGUGGGUUUUUUUUAUAGUUCUGAACAGCCUUUUUAAUUUCACGUGCUGUUGUUCGGCUGUGCUGAGACUGCCAUGUCUGUUAUGGAGACGACAGAGCGAAAGACGGGCUGGCUUAAUUUUUAUCAUAGCUUUGCGCAAACAUCAGUGAAUAUUGUUAGGCAGGUUUUCAGAGAAGACAGAGUGCAUCGGAGGUACGUGGCACAUUUCUGGAUGAUAGGGAAAAAAUGCAGCUGCUCUCCUGGGUGACCUAAGUGCUGCAGGCCAGAUUUCCCAGGAAACCAUGGGGGAGAAGACCUGUUUCUGGGUCCUCCUCCCUUUCACUCUGUUAUCUUGCCAUUUCAGGGGUUGUAAAUCCUUUCGAUGGCCAUGGAGUUCAUUGCUUUGGGCUGCAAGGUAGGGUGUGUGAUCCAGUGACACCAGCCAUGUCCUUGGGAGAUGUUUGUGUGUGUGUGUGUGUGUGUGUGUGUUUGGAAGGGGGAAAUAAGGGGAGCAUUUGUACUAGCAUUUGUAUCCAUGUAGUAGUGUAGGUCUCUGAUUGGCUCCUUGGUUAGAGGUGUUUAAUAUCCUCUUUGCAGUAUAAGCUACGAGAGUGGUGUGGGGGUAUAUAAAGUAGUGGGGGUUAAAAUGACUCCCUUGUUCUGCCUUACUGUAGUAAAAAAUGGCGCAAUGUGGACAGAGAUUGAGUUGUGCUUUGUGCUAUGAACUAUGGCCUGAAGCCUGCCCCAGGCAGGGCUUGCUGUGCUUAUUUGUGUUAAGAUCAAUAAGUGGCUAUUAGUAAUAAAGAUAGUGAUAAUAGUAAUAGUAAUUCUAGCGAUAACUGAGAUCGUCCUGUUUGAAUCUGUCCAAUGUCCUUCCAAUGAUGGGAGGAGCCUUAGUGGGAUUAUGGGAGGGGCUUUGAGUGAUUUUUAUGCUGCUUGUACUACCUAUGCGCGUACAUUUGUUCAUGGAGAUUAUUUUUAUACAGAGCAUAGAAAGAUACUAUGCCUAGACAGCGAGGAAUGUAAGAAUAUUGAAAAAGUCUAUCAAAUGAGGAGGGGUAGACAAAAAAUGUAUUUUGUUGACAAAGAUAUAAGUACAUAGAGGAGUGUUAUAUUUGAAUAAAUAGAUCUAUAUCUAUGAGUACAUAUGCAAUGCUUGUCGGGAUGAAAACGGGUCUGUUAGGCUGGAGUUUCUCAGGAUUGAUUGUGAGGCCUCAAAGGGUGCUUUCAACCUCCUGUUCCCAUGCAGAGUCUUCGAAAUGUAAAAUACAUUUCUUCGGACAUCAGGGUUGCAGCUUUCGACACAGUGUGUAUCCUCUGAGCACAGUACAGAUACACAGCUGUACCUUCCAUUUGUGACAGCAUUAGGGUAAAAAAAGAAAUUCAAGAUCUGGAGGGGACAAAAUGAGUCAAUUUAGUUCUACCAUUGAUAUGCUCCCACUCACCAAAGCCAGUGGGGCAAACUGUUCAUUGCAAAGUGCUGACAGAAGGAUCCAUGCCAGAAAGCCUGCCGCUCUGUAUUCACUAAUCUCUAGCACUGGGAACAGACCUCUGGCUGUCUUGGUUGUAGACUUGUGUUAUUAUUGCUGAGCUGUUGCCUGAAGUCUUUACCUGUCCAAUCCACUGUCCGAUCCAGAGAGAGGCCACAUGCACCCAUAGGAUUCUAGGGGCAAAGCAUGCACCCUUCGAAACGCACCCGAUUCAGACCUGGAAUAUAUCUGACCAAAUUCAGCCCUUAUUAGAAUGAAAUAAGAAACCCCUCGCUACAUCCAUGGGCAGGUGUCGUCUUUCUCUGGUUGAAGCCAUGCUUGUGUCACUUAUUGUAAUUUUUAUGGGGAUUUUUAUUGUCUUUUUGUCCUAUUUUUAAAGACAAUAUCCAAACUGUACGUUAGCCAACUGAUCUAUGUGUUUGUGGUUACAAAAAAAAAAAAAAAGUCAAAUGCAGAUUACAAAAAUUCUCCGACAACCAGCAGUAAAUCUGUCCAGAACCACGGAAAGAAUGACAGGAAGCAAAAACGCUGUAACUACUAUUACUACUAUAACUAAUACUACUACUAUUACAACUACUAUUCAAAUUUUUAAAGAUUCACUUUUGUAUCACUCUUCAAUCUGAGCUCCUUGCUUCACUGUGAUUGCAGAGGCUCCUGGGGAAAGAGGGCAUGUGCUGUAUUGAUGCUCAGGGGUCGACAACCUGUCCCAAGGUCAGGUUAGAAGUGAAAUAGCAGCCACAUGGGAGAGAUUAUAGGAGCCAGGCCCGCGAUAUGGCAUCUCGCGGGCAUCUGCUUUGUAACGAGCAAUAGAACAUCACCCCCGGUAACACAACCUCAGUAUUCCACAGGGCCUGUGGGAUUUAGCAAGCUCUGACUGUGAGAUUUGGGGAGUAUUGUGAGGAUGGUACUGUGUAGUCAAUGGAAAAAUUGGGAUCGCCUUCCUCUGGGCAGAUCUUUAAAAAAUGGGAUCACAGUCUCUCAACAGAAGUUACAAGGCCGUAGUCUUGAUCUGGUUUAAGACAGCAGGAAUUCAUAAGGGGGAGUGUACAGCACAUCUAGGAAAAGAUGAGUCUUGGAGUCGAGCCAAGAUACAGACACAAACACACACUUGCCUACACACACACACACACGCACCCACACACACUUAAUACUGGUAUUCACACUGUUACAAGGACGCAGCAAGCAGAGGAACAGUAGUCAGGGUCCAGGUGGAGAAAGGGCAGGGAUAGAGUACAGAAAGGCUGUAGGGAAACUCUGGGUAAAAUAUUUACACACAUACCAACACACACACAUGCACACACACUCAUGUACAAACCUCCGAAUAUCUACUGUGAUCUCCUCUCGCACCACCCACCCCCAUCUCAAACGAAAUCCCACCCUCCUGGCAGUGCACUGCCACCCCCUCCUCCUCCCCCCACCUUUUCCAGUGGGUGGUGUGAUGUCAGGUUUUUUUGGUGGGCUGCUGACAACAGGUCCAGACAAUCAGCGUGUUUGUAAAUGUCAAUGUGUGAUUUUCAAAUCUUUGUUUAUGGUCAGGAUUUUAAAGGAAGAUAUUUUUAUGGUAAUUGUCGCUGGUCUAUUUUACUAUAUAUUUAUGUAAUAAAUAUGUGACUAAAUUUA